GCGCCAUAAAGAAAAGUGCGCGGCAUGAGCGCAGGAUCGUCAACGGCCGGCCUACUGGAGACCCUCACAGGAUUCUACCACGUAUCGGUUCCGAUUGUCACGACAUUGAUCGUUGUCCUCGGGAGUCUCAGUGGGCUGUACAUCUGGGUCGCGUCGCGCCAAGUUCGUCGUCCCAAGAAGCACGCGACAUCGUUCGAUGACACUUCACAGCCGUCGACGCCGCUGGGAAGGCACAUGCGCCGAACACAAUCGUUCAGUGAGGCAGAUCUCGAAAUCGAAGUGAAAAAGCAAAGCAAGAAAGACGCAGAUGAACAAUCGAGCGAAGACGAAGAAGAAGGGGGCGACAAAUGGGCAGCGGCCCAAGGAUGGAGUACGGGGCAGCUGGAGAUGUUUAAAGUCCUGCGCCAGAAGUUCUUCUCGAACGCAGACUGCAAAUUCGUCGGUGAACUUAUUGGGAACGUCGAGGUCCUAACGUUGGAGACGGGCGACGUGAUCUUUGGUCGGCGCAAGUACGAUGGCUCGCUUCUCUUCGUAUCUUCAGGCAGCGUCUGGUUGUCUGCGUUCCAUGAAGACCGGUCGUUCGUUCAUACUAUCAAGAAGCACGAGGGUGUUACUUCUACCUCCGCCAUCUUGCGCGGAGUCCUCGAGGACAAGUUUGAGGGCUUGGACAUGCAAGCGGUCGCUGCGGAAAGCCCAACGCUGGUGCUUCGCAUCAGUGUGGAUAAGCUCAAGACCACCAUUUCCAAGUAUCCUCAAAUCGCGAUCUUCUUGGCGCAUUUGUCGCUGUCGCAGCUUGAACGGAUCACAAUGCGGUCUCUCAUCGACUACUUUGGAUACCUUGACGGCCUUUUUUGCCCCAUGGCGUACUUUGACGUGCUCAAGAAUGACUCGGACACAGUGCGAGGGAUUGCAAUGACGCUCGGGCUGGAUUAUGUCGAGCUGCAGACCCAGUUUGCUGGCGCUACGCAGAUUCGAUCGUUGGAGGACGGCAGUCUCGUCGAAAUGCCAUCGGGCACGGAAGAUGAUGAUAUUGCCGACGUGUACUUUGUACUCGAGGGUGCUGUGUCUGUGGAGAUUUUGCUAUGCCACCAGAGCACCAAUGACGACGAGUUCGUAUCGCUCUUUAAAGUGUCGACGGGGUGUUGCCUCGGCAUGGCGUCGGCAAUUGUCGGCAACACUGGAUUGCUCAAGGCGAGAUCUGUCAUGCAGGCAAAGGCUGUGGGCCGAACACGCGUCGUCCAACUGAACGGUGGGGUGUUUCGCUCGAUGCUGCAAACCCAUCCAGCGUUCUUUAAUCGAUGUGUGCAAACGGUGGUGCGGCAGUAUGGGUCGCAAGCGGCACUUCUCGACAACUUUUUUGAGCGGGUGCACGUUGACAGCGGCGACGCCAUCUACCACGUCGGUGACUCGUCGAAUGCCAUGUACACAUUGCUCACCGGUCGGUUGCGCGAAGUCCAUAGUCAAACCAGCAGCACGGGAACAGUCGUCAAGAACACGAGGGAGCUCGUCAAGGGUGCGACGUUGGGCGCCAUGGACUUGCUCGCGUCUAGUAAACGGGCAUCCACGGUGUACGCUAUACGAGACUGUCAGGUGUCGAAAAUGCCUCGGGUCGUGCUCGACUACAUGCUUCGAGCGCAACCGCAAGUCCUGAUUCACUUUACGCGUCAAAUGGCUAUCCACAACACUGACCGCACAGGCGACAACGAGUUUGUGUCGUCACAGGCGAAUCGCUCGCCAAUGAAGCUACCCGUCACAACAAUCGCUGUCCUGUCAGCGACCAAAGGUGUCUCGAUCCACGAGUUCACGACGGAGCUGCACAAGGCGCUGCAGACAAUCGCAACGACGGAAGUCGUGUCUUCGAGCAAGGCUGAGCGGCACUUCAACGGUCAGUGGCGCAGUUUGGGUAUGUCGGCUUGGCUGGCAGAAAUGGAAAGCUCCCACCAACUCGUUGUGUUCGAGGCCGACGCAGUCCUGACGCCGUGGACCAAGUUGUGUAUCCGUCAAGCCGAUCAUAUCUUGCUUGUGUGCAAGGACACUGACCAAGAACUCGACUUGAAGGACCUGAAUCCAUUGCUUCUUCAGGCGUACUCGAUCAAAAACGUUGAAGUCAACAUCGUCCGCAUGAAGUCCACGACAGCGCACGGGUCUGCAAACACGCCUCCUCUGCAUCAAGUCGAGUACGUCAACUAUUUUCACAACAUUCGUAUGCCGCUCCACGAAAACACCAACGACAUGCUCCGAGUGGCCCGGAGAUUAACUGGGCGGUCGAUCGGGCUAGUCCUUGGCGGCGGGGGUGCCCGUGGACUCGCGCACAUUGGGAUCCUCAAGGCGCUGGAAGAGUGCGGGUUGGACGUGGAUGUCGUUGGCGGGACGAGCAUGGGCGCGCUCAUUGCAGCGUUGUACGCGCAAUAUCCAAAGGACCUGGAGCGAGUUAUCAAGCACGCACGGCGGUUUUCAAGCAAAGCGGCCAACAAACUCGCCAAGUUGUUUGAGUUGACGUUGCCGAUUGCGUCGUGGUUUGACGGAUCGAGUUUCAACACUGGGCUGCAGCUCGAGUUUGGCAUGACGCGCAUCGAGGAUUUGGUGCUCAACUUUUUUUGCAUCUCAACCGACAUUGUCAAGAAGUGCACGGGGGUUCAUCGAUCUGGCACGCUCUGGCGCUACGUUCGCGCUUCCAUGUCCCUCCAGGGAUACCUUCCCCCAAUCUCCGAACCAAGCGGGUCCCUUCUCCUCGACGGCGGGUACGUCAACAACCUCCCCGCCGACGUGAUGAAGGAGGAAGGCGUGAAGAUCGUGUUUGCUGUGGACGUUGGCCGAGACAACACGCGUGAUUACUUUCACUAUGGGGACACUCUGUCGGGAUGGUGGGUCUUUCUGAACAAGCUCAACCCGUUUACGCCGACGGUCCAAGUCCCGUCGAUGGGCGAGAUCACGGACGCGCUGGCGUACGCUGCGUUUUACCAAAACAAAGCGUACGUGAUCAACCAUUACGUGGAUCUGUACUUCAAACCGCCCGUUCAAGCGAUUGGAACCCUCGAAUUCGACAAGUUGGACCUGACCAUCCAGCUCGGGUACGACUACGCCCUCCCCAAGAUCAAGGACUGGAUGAAGAAGAACCCGCACCUCGUCACGCAUGUGCGCCAGCCGCAUGGCGCGUCGGCCACAGGUCGUUCGAAUUCAACGCGAUAAUCGACGAAUUAAUG